GUCCCUCUCGACACAUCUCCCGUCUUCCCUUCGCUCCAACUCCUCUCUCCCGCUUCAAUCUGUCGCUAUGGAUAAGGCCAAGCAAGCUGCCCAGGCCACCAAGGCUGGCGCCGUGAAGGGCGUCCAGGCCGUCAACAGCGUCUGGAAGGACUUCCAUGCCUUCAUUUCCCGCGGCAACGUCAUUGACUUGGCCGUCGGUAUCAUCAUCGGUGGAGCCUUUACCGCAAUCGUCACCUCCUUUGUCACCGACAUCAUCUCGCCCGUCAUUGCUCUGGCCACCCAGAGCCAGCUCGAUCAAAGCUUCAUCAUCUUCCGAUGCCCACCUGCGACGCCUGGCUGCCGCGACCUUCCGAUCAGUCUCCGUUACAACACCACCACUCAGGCCCACUCGGCUGGCGCCGUCACCUGGAACUGGGGCAACUUCCUCAUGACCAUCAUCAACUUUAUCCUGACGGCCAUCAUCCUGUUCUUCCUGCUCAAGGUCUACACCGCCGCCUUUAUCCGCAAGAAGGUCGAGGACCCCAAGACCAAGGAGUGCCCCUACUGCACGAAGGACAUCCCGAUCAAGGCCACUCGCUGCCCCGAGUGCACUGGCAUCAUCGAGGCCGUCCACGCCGCCCCGGCUGGCAGCGUCACCAUCGAGUUUGACAAGAGCCGCUAAUUCGUUUAGUCGGCCAUUGGGUGGAUUCUCUCUUUGAUAGAUAUGUUGCUGUUGUUCCCCGAUCUCAUGUGCGCCUCUGUGGAGGUGCUCUUCGGCUUUGCCGAUCUAUUUGCGUCCGAACCAGGACAGU